AUGAAGGAAAUGUCCUGCUUCUGCAUGACUUUUUCUUCCUUGUUGGAGCAGAUGGUGAAGGCUUACAAAUACAUGACUGGUAUUUUUUCAGUGACUCAUACCUCAAAGCAACAGGCUUCAGACUGUGAUAAGCAGCCAACAGAGAUGGAUGUGAGCUUUCUUGAGGAGCAGUAUGACCAUAUAAAACAGAAGCAAAAACUGCAAUCACACGUUAUUAUUUUUAAAACAGGUGAACAUGAAUCUGUUAUCCCAAAAUCAAUGGUCAAUACUGUUAUAAUUAAUAAAAAAGUUAGAUCAAAGUCAUUUACAGAGCAUGUUCCUGUCAGAAAGGUCAGACUGGAGAUGACCAGCAGUGGCAACACACAAGACAACUCACUAUGGCAUACCCAUCUGGGAAUUCACCGUCUGGUGCAAGCCCCUUAUGAAGGAGUUAUCCAGGAUGUCUCCCACUGCAAGAAUGGACCAUGCAACUUUGACAAACAAAGACUGAUUUCACAGGGAAACAGCACACUACAAUCCAAGGAAUUAGAAGGAGCUAAUGAACUAUCUGCACCCAGUCAACUGGGAAGUUCAAGCAUGUUGAACACUUUCAGUAAAGAGAACGGCAGCAGCAUUUCAAGCACCUGCCCAAAGCCUUCUCCGAAAUCAGCCACUUCAGCAGUUUGGACACAUCAACACAUUUCUCCUACAAAAUGCAUGUCAGCCUGCAAUAAACUGAACUUUUACCCUUUUCCUAAUAAGAAAGGGCCAAGAGUUUCUGAAGCAGCAAAGAGGCUUGGAUUAUAUGUCUCAGAAUGA